AUGUUCGAGCAGAGACUAGCCACCUUUCAGAAAGCAAAUGAAUUGAAUCGUAUAAAAAUUGAAGAGACGCAAGAUGUUUCUGUCAUUUGGCUUGACACUCACAUUCACAACAGUAAUCCAGAUUAUCAAAAUGCAAUCACACAUCUUCAACACAUUGUCAAUGAUAUUUAUACAUUCACUGAUAAUGAUGAAUGUAUCGAUUUUAUUCUCACUCUCACCGACACAGACGUCUGUUUGAUCACGUCAGGAUCAGUUGGACAACGUCUUGUACCUUGUGUACAUGAUAUUUCAAACAUCGAUUCGAUCUUCAUUUUCUGUGAUGACCAAAAUCGACACGAACAAUGGGCCAUAAACUGGUGCAAAGUGAAGAGUGUUUCCAUUGAUAUUAUACAUAUUUGUGAACAACUAACGAAAAUCAUUCGUCGAUAUGAACUCACUGCUAUUCCUGUGAGUUUUGUACAAUCCGGUAAACGAUUAGAUCGGCUAGAGCCAUCAUUUAUGUACACAAAGAUCAUCAAAGAAAUACUGUUAACAAUUCAGUUUAAUGAUAAACACAUCAAACAGUUCGUGAAGUAUUGUUGUGAUAAUUUCGUUGAUACCGAAGUCGAUCGAAAGAAAGUGAAACAACUGAAAGACGAAUAUCAUCAGUACACGCCUAUUUGGUGGUAUACAACACAAAGAUUUUUAUACGGUAUGCUGAAUCGUGCAUUACGAGUGAUGGACGGUGAAGUGAUCACAUUGAUGGGCUUUUUCAUCAGUGACCUUCAUCGACAUAUCGAAGAAUUGCACAAGUGGCAGUUUGGUAAUGCAUCAUCUACUGCUAAAUGCUUUCCGGUUUACCGUGGUCAAGGUUUAAUGAAGAAAGAUUUUGAUCAACUGGUGGCAACGAAGGGUGGGCUGAUGUCAUUCAAUAAUUUCCUGUCUACCAGUGAAAAUCGCAACGUUUCUCUUAUUUUUACUGCAGGAAAUCGAAAGAACAGUGAUGUGAUCAGUGUUCUAUUUGUGAUCACAAUUGAUCCAAAGCAAUCAACAACGUCAUUUGCCUCGGUUCGUCACAUCAGUCAGUUUCCCGAAGAAGAAGAGGUACUAUUUUCGAUGCACAGUAUCUUUCGCAUAAGGGAUGUUAAGCCCAUGGAUGGAAACGAGAAAGUGUACGAAGUGGCGUUGUCAUUGACGAGUGACAAUGACGAAGAAUUGAUGGUACUUACUGAACAGAUUCGAAAAGAAAGCUUUCCAAAUGCAGAGGGAUGGUCACGACUGAGUCUAGUACUCGCUGCUAUAGCACAGUCAGACAUUGCUGAACGAAUCUGUCGAGUUCUGAUUGAUGAAACGCCUUCUGAAGACUCUGCAAUCGAUGUCUAUAAUCACCUGGGUACGAUUAAAUACCAGAAAGGGCAAUAUGAGGAGGCAAUAACACUUUUUCGAAAAUCUCUUGAGCUUCGCUUGAUGUCAUCUUCUCCAAAUCAUCCACACGUGGCUUCAUAUUACAACAACAUCGGUGCAGCGUAUUCUCACAUGGGUGAUUAUCCCAAGGCACUUUCAUCAUAUAAACAAGCUCUCAAAAUUCAACUACAAUCACUUCCUCCCAAUCAUCCUCAUGUGGCUUCAUCCUACAACAACAUCGGCAAUGCGUAUUCUCACAUGGGUGAUUAUCCCAAGGCACUUUCAUCAUAUGAACAAGCUCUCAAAAUUCAUAUACUAUCGCUUCCUCCCAAUCAUCCUCAUGUGGCUGGAUCCUACAACAACAUCGGCAAUGGGUAUUCUCACAUGGGUGAUUAUCCCAAGGCACUUUCAUCAUAUGAACAAGCUCUCAAAAUACGACAACAAUCACUUCCUCCCAAUCAUCCAGAUGUGGCUAUAUCCUACAACAACAUCGGUAAUGCCUAUUCUCACAUGGGUGAUUAUCCCAAGGCACUUUCAUCAUAUGAACAAGCUCUCAAAAUUCAACUACAAUCACUUCCUCCCAAUCAUCCAGAUGUGGCUUCGUCCUACAACAACAUCGGUGCAGCGUAUUCUGACAUGGGUGAUUAUCCCAAGGCACUUUCAUCAUAUGAACAAGCUCUCAAAAUUCUACUACAAUCACUUCCUCCCAAUCAUCCUCAUGUGGCUGGAUCCUACAACAACAUCGGUAAUGCCUAUUCUGACAUGGGUGAUUAUCCCAAGGCACUUUCAUCAUAUGAACAAGCUCUCAAAAUUCAACUACAAUCACUUCCUCCCAAUCAUCCAGAUGUGGCUUCAUCCUACAACAACAUCGGUGCAGCGUAUUCUGACAUGGGUGAUUAUCCCAAGGCACUUUCAUCAUAUGAACAAGCUCUCAAAAUUCAACUACAAUCACUUCCUCCCAAUCAUCCUCAUGUGGCUGGAUCCUACAACAACAUCGGUGCAGCGUAUUCUCACAUUGGUGAUCAAAGGACUGCUGUAUUGUUUUACACAAAUGCGGUUCAAAUCGCUCAAGAAGUGUUACCAUCAACGCAUCCUCACCUUCAAAUGUUUAAAAGAAACUUGGAAAGAGUGAAACAUAAAUUAUGA